AUGUCUCAACCGCCCAACAUCAGCGAAAAGGCCCCCUAUGCAUUCAACAGGAUCGACAGGCUUUCAGGAGAAGCCAUCCUCAACGAAAACCGGGUCAACAAUACCAAGAUCUCUCGCCAUGGACUUCCGUUGAAUUCUCCGCCAAAAGACGACCUCUUCGACCCGUUGAACUGCCUGAAGGCACAGAAAAUAGCCAUCCUGGCGGGGGUGUGUGUCUGGGCGUUCCAGGGGCCACUCAACAUGAUCACCAUCGCGCCGGCGUUCUUCGUCGCUGCUGAAGACCUCAACUGCAGCCUCAAGGUCGUCACGGAUUAG